AUGGGAUGUGGCACCUCUGUUAUGAAGAACCGGGUAAACAGAUCAGAAAGAGCCAUUAAAGCAGCUAUCCUCAUCCAAAGAUGGUAUCGAUCUUACAUGGCCCGGCUGGAGAUGAGGCGGCGAUAUGCACUAAGUAUUUUUCAGUCCAUUGAAUAUGCUGAAGAACAAGCACAGCUGCAGCUGUCCAACUUCUUUACAUUCAUGCUGGACCAUUUUACUCAGGCUAAUGAGAGUGAUCCAGACAUCAGCUCUCACUUUUCCUCCAACGCUAGCGAUUACGGUCCAGCAGGUUUGGACCGUACAAUGAUAGAAUAUGAAAGGACUAUAGACGUACCGGCCUCCUACUACGGACCUCGUCUCUGUUUCCCCCUCACUGUUGCUGACACUAAUGUGCUCCUUCAGGCUUUCAAGCAUCGACAGCACCUUCAUGCUCGAUAUGUGCUUCAGCUGUUGCAUGAGACCAGAAAGGUCCUUCAGCAGAUGCCAAACAUCACUCAUCUGUCAACCUCUUAUGCCAAGGAAAUAACAAUUUGUGGUGAUUUGCAUGGAAAGCUGGAUGAUCUAUUGCUGAUUUUCUACAAAAAUGGCUUUCCUUCAGAAGAAAACCCCUACAUUUUUAAUGGUGAUUUUGUUGACAGAGGAAAAAAUUCCGUAGAAAUACUCAUAAUCCUAUUUGCAUUUCUUCUUGUCUAUCCUAACCAUUUACACUUGAACAGAGGAAACCAUGAGGACCACAUCAUGAAUCUAAGAUAUGGUUUCACAAAAGAAGUUAUGAAGAAGUACCAACGCUAUGGUAAAAGAAUUUUACAUGUUCUACAAGAUGUCUACAGUUGGCUUCCACUUGCAACUAUAAUUGACAGUAAAGUUCUUAUCUUACAUGGUGGGAUAUCGGACACUACUGAUUUGAAUUUCCUGAAUUUAUUUCAAAGAAACAAGCUCAAGUCAGUGCUGGAACCAAUGAAGUUGAACGCAGAGGUCUAUAAGUCACAGAAAACUAGUGUUUUAGAAGUCGAUUCCCAUCUCAUGGAGGCCGAGGAGUGCCAUUCUGCGCAGGACAUCUCCAGUAAAGAAUCCGGCAGGGAUGCGGCUGGUGUUGAAGAGCAUGUUGACGGAGCCUGUGACAGAAACAGUUCUAGUCCACUUCUGGAUGUGCAAUGUCUUAAGCCUUCCAGGGUUGCCACAUCAUACACAUCUCCAGAAUUAACAGCAAAGGAGUUGAAGCAAGUGGUGGAUAUUCUCUGGAGUGAUCCUAAGCAUAAAAAUGGCUGUACACCAAAUAAAUAUCGUGGAGGAGGCUGCUACUUUGGACCAGAUAUUACCGCCAGUUUGCUAAAACGUUAUAAUUUGAAAAUGCUCAUCAGGUCACACGAAUGCAAACAGGAAGGCUAUGAGAUCAGCCAUAAUGGAAAGGUCAUCACUAUUUUUUCUGCUUCAAACUACUAUGAAGAGGGAAGUAAUCGUGGCGCUUACAUAAAAUUGAAUCCAGAUCUGAUUCCCCGUUUUGUUCAGUAUCAAGUCAGCAAAUCUACACGCAAACAGACACGUCAUCAGAGAGUGACUGCAGUUGAGCUGUCUGCCUUAAAGUGUUUGCGAGAGAAACUUUUCACACACAAAUCAGAACUCAUUGCAGCUUUUAGGCAGUAUGAUCCGAACUAUACAGGAAGAAUUUCUCCAAGUGAGUGGGCUUCAGCAGUGAAGUCAGUUCUACAGCUUGAUCUUCCUUGGAGAACUUUGCGUUCUCGGCUGGUUUAUCUAGCCCAGGAUGGAAGCAUUGAAUAUCUUUCAUCUUUUGUCAACGUCGAAAUCAAACUACCCAUCAAAGAGGUGCAGCCAUCUUUGGUGGAAACCCUGUGUAGAUACAAAACUGACCUAGAGAUUAUCUUUAAUAUGAUGGACAGAGAUCAUUCAGGUCUUAUCUCUAUUGAUGAGUUCCGCCAGACAUGGAAGCUCUUUAACCUGCACCUGAGAAUUGACGUAGAUGAUGAAUCCAUUGACAGCUUAGCUCGGAACAUUGAUUUCAACAAAGAUGGAAGCAUUGACUUCAAUGAAUUUCUAGAGGCUUUUCAUGUGGUCCAUAAAUUUGAGAAUAGGUACAGCCACUAA